GUAAGUUUACUGCUACUAAUUAAAUUAUUCCAUUUGUUUACUCAUUUUAAAUGUUAUAAUUUCAGUUGAUGAAUAGACAGAUAAUUGAUAUUAUAGAGUUUGGUGUAUUAAAUAUUCAUGGUAAAACUUAAUUACAAGUAUAUGCAUAGAGACAAUGCCUACUAGUCGGAUACUGCGAUAAUUCGCUUGGAUUAGAUGAUUCAAUUGAUAAAUGUACAAGUUAAUGAUAGUUUGAAAUGAAAAUCAAACCAGGAAGUAAGUCUUCAUCCGAUCCUACUUUGGUAAAUGUACUAGUUCUGUUGGAAAUUAUGUGAAAAACAAAUCCUGAAAUCUGAGAUUUUAGCUCAGCAAAUGUGAUAUAGGGAAUGGUAGCUCACUUAAAUUUGACAUUUUAACUCAACUUGUGGGAAAUAUUAUUGAAGUUGAAUGGUUAUUUGUCGGAGAAAAUUUAAACCAUUGUGGUUUUCUAAAACUGCUUUUGCAAUCGCUGUUUUAGGAUUACCUCCAUUGUACGUAGCAUCUGUGCAUUAUGAGCAUGUAAAUAGUUUAUUCCCAUUUGUUAGGAUUGAUCGAAGUGACUUCGUCGGUUUGUGGGAUACACCAAUUCGAAAAGGUUUCGGAAAUGUCGUUGUAAUUUCUGAUAUGUCUUUUACAUAUGGUAGGAUGAGAAAGUAUUUGACAGUGUGGAUAGAAGAACCUUAUGGAACCUUCUUCGACUCUAUGGUGUACCUGAGAAAAUCACCAAUAUCAUACGGAGUUUAUACGACGGACUACAGUGCCCAGAUGUGCAUAGAAGAUAGCGGACAGACGAAUUCCAAGUGAGGACUGGAUUCCGACAAUGUUGCUUGCUCUCACUAUCUCUUCUUCUUCUUCUUCUGUUGGUUGACUGGAUUAUGAAGACCUCCAAAACUCAGGGGAGUCACGGAAUACAAUGGACAGCUUGCAUGCAACUAGAUGAUUCAGAAUUCGCAGUUAACCUAGCUCUUUUAUCCCAUCCAUAACAACAAAAUCAAGUCAAGACAACCAGUGUAGCAGAAGCCUCUGCAUUAGUAGGCCUAAACACAGAAAGGAAAAAGCAGGAUCCUUAAAUGCAACACGGAGAACACCAACUCAAUCACACUUUGUGGAGAAGCUCCGGGAGAGGUGCAAUCCUACACACACCUAUUGGGGCAGCAUCAUCGAUGAACUAGGAGGAUCUGAUGCAGAUGUAAAGGUGAGGAUUUGCAAAUUAAAGGCAGCAUUUUUACAGUCGAACAACAUAUGCAAAUCAAAACAACUGUCAACCAAAAUCAAAGUCACAAUCUUUAAUACGAACAUAAAGACAGUCAGUUUUAUUGUACGGAGCUGAAACUUCGAGAACUACCACAACCAUCAUCAAACAUUUACAGGUAUUUCUAAACAUUUGUUUACGUUAGAUACUCAAUGUCCGUUGACUGAAUACCAUCAGCAACAGCCUACUGUGGUGGAGAAUAAACCAGCUUCUAGCUGAGGAGGAAAUUAGGAAAACGCACUGGAAGUGGAUUGGACAUACAUUGUGGAAAUCACCAAACUGCAUCACGAGGCAAGUCCUAACUUAGAAUCCUGAAGGAAAACUGAAAAGAGAAAGACCAAAUAACACACUGCGUCGGAAAUCGGGAGGAGGCAUCAAAAGGAUGAGGUAGCAAAUGGAAAGGAUUGCCCAGGAUAGAGUAUGAUGGAGAAUAUUGGUGAGCGGCCCGUGCUCCUCGAUGAAAGGUAACAAGCGUAGGUAAAUAAAUAAUAAGAAUUGCAUACUGCAUAGUUUUGACUGCGAUUUCAACGAAAUAACAUCAAUUUUUUAUAAUGCCACCAUGUUUACUGUUCUGUGUUUUAAUUUAAUGUGUAAACUAAUAUAUUUUGGCAAAUUCCACAAACAAUAACAAAUAUAAAAUUUUUACAUAGCAUUCUAACCAACAAAUGACUGCUGAAUUCUUUAUAAUUAGAUAUCUACCGAUAAAUGCUCGAAAACUGGAAAGUGUUUAUUCAAAAAUCACGAGGUUUCGGAAUCUCUAUGCAUUCAAAUGAAAAUGAGUAUCAUAAGAUUAAUGGGAAUUUAGUUGCAUUAUUGGCAAAGUCACUAGUUUAAACUAGAAAUGUGAAACAGCAUAGCAACAAUUAAACUAAAUUAGUGUGCUCAAAGUAACUGCUAUGUUAUUUAUUUAACAACUUCAGUAUCAAAAGAAUUAAAUAAAGCAAAUAUAACAAUGGAUUUUGAAUACGUUUAUUUCAUGCAACCGUUGUUAUGAUCACAAAAUCAGAGGUAGAUUGAUGUCAGCAAAGAGGAAUGAAACGAGGUGACGGGCAGCAGAGAAGGCGAGUUAUCCAACUUGAUUUAAUCAAGCGUCACUCGAUAUCAAUCGUCAAACAAAAGUUACAGACAUAUGAUGAAUAGGGUAAGUAAUUAACACACAUAAGAUCAUAUAAAAAAAGGUCCGGCUUAUAAGUCAAUAAGUGACAAGCUAAAAAUGUGGCUUGAGAAGGAUGAAUAUAUUGGUCUGUCCAGGGGCUAGAAUAACCUAUAUGGGCUUGAAAUAGUACCAAACCCUACACUAUGAUAACCAACAUCAGAAAUUAUGAUGAGUGGCGAUUGACGAAAGUUUAAAGAAUACAUUUAAGCAUCACAUGUUUAAAUCACAUGAGAUUACAAAAUAUGAUAGAAAUUCAAAUUAGUAAGGAGAUUGGAAUUCUGAAAUCAAAAUCAUUGACCACAAAACAAUUGUUUUGACACUUAACAAGUUGAAUAAUCAAUCAGUGAUCUGAAUAAAGUAAAAAUCAAUAUCUUUACAUAGCGUUAGGUCAUCAUAAUGAAAAAGGACAAACCAAUCAUUCAUUAACGAAGUUAAUCUCAUGUUGACUAGGUUAGACUGAUAAAUGAUGAGAAUGAUUUUCUGAAAAACUAUAUGCAAAGAUAGUUUACUGGAAUUCAAUACUUUUGAUUUUGAUGGCAAAUAAUGAAGGGGAUGUUUAGAUUUAUUAUUACUCUUUAUACUUAUGGGAUGUCUAUAAAUAUCUUUCACUUAAUUAGAACAACUAAAAGUAUUGUAAAUUACAAACUCUAAUUAAUGUUUUCGUAUAUUCAGAAAAAAUGGGUUUUCUCAGUUUUGUAAUGUCAUUCAAAAAAAUUAAUUAGUUUCUAUCUCUUCAAAACACAUUUGAAUAAAAUAGUUUCCACAAUCACAAAUUGGUUUCAUUUAAACAGUGUUCUGCAAAUCCUUUGCUUAUAUAUUUAUAGUUCAUUUGGCGUAUUUCCACCAGAAAAACAUUGGUUUCGAGUGCUGAUGAUUAGCUAUGCUCUAUUCAAUAUGGCAGGAAACUGUUUUUGGUUCGUGAUAGCUAGACGUAAAAUUGUAAUUAUGACCAAAUCUCUUAUUCCUCAUUUAAUCAACUCAUUUAUCAGACUAUUAAUGAUCAUUUCUGGAUUGUGUUUAAUCGGUCUAUCGAUUUUCGAUAUGGAGAAUUACAAUGAAAUACACUAUCUGAUGACAGUUGGGAACUUUACGUGCCAUGUUCUGUCGGUAUUGUUUGGAUGUUGCCUAGUGGCCAAAUAUUUUGAGAAACCUUUCUGGUUUAGUUGCUUUCGCCUUCUGCUUAUUGUACAAAUGGUUAUCGGAGCAAUGUUAUUUGUUUAUUUCAACGUAAUCGGGCUUCCUUUAUUGAAUACAUCGAAUAUUUAUCGAAUGAAACCAACUGAUGGUGGCUACUGGGAAUUUCUUUAUUGUGCAAUUGCUGAGUGGGUUAUGGUGCUUGCAUGUAUUCUAUUCACUCUAGUCAUUGCUCUGGAAACUCAAACAUAUGAAGACGUUUUAGUACGAAGUAAAAUCAGAAAUAUUACCACAAUACAACUUAUGAAACAAGUUUAA